GUACCAUCACAAAGCUGCUGUGGUGGGCGUGUACGAGCACGUCGCUGCUAGCUUAAAUGAGAAAUAAUGUUAGUGACCACACUAAGAUGCAUUUUGUCGGAUGGUUGAUACUUGUUAGCAGGGGCUGUUUGGGGGUGAACGCGAAUUUAAGCGGUUUCAGUGAGUCUUUACUCGUAACUAGGGUUAAUUCAUCGUUUUGAGCUUUUUACUUAAUCUUUUAAGUUACCAACAGCUAAAGACAGACAGAGACUUUCACGGUUAACGGUUCCUCAGCCUGCUAGCCAAGAAAGAAAAAUCCUCCUCAUCCUAAACGCAGCUAACAUUUAUUGAUGUUAACGUCCAUCGGUUUGUUUGAGUCGUUUUUGGACCUCACCAGUGUUAUUAGCUGCUGGUUUCUAUCUACCACGAUGUAUGGCAUGUCGGGAUGACAGGAACAUGGCAAACGGGGUUGGAAGUGAGUACAUAGCAGAUUUCACGGCAUGCUAUCUGUUAGCGCUGACUGUGUCGUACCGUGGAUGUUAUCAGCUCUAACUUCCUGCACGGCAGCCUCCCUGCAGGGAAGCUUGCAAGGAUUAAUAGCUGUCAUAAACAUGUGACAGCUCCGUUAAGUGGUGAUUCAUAUUUCACACCAGCUCCAUAAACGUGGCGCUUUCUUUGUGUGCGCUUUAUCCUGGGCAGUGCCUGGAUUUGUCCAUAGUGAGCUGUCGGUAUGGUGGGCAGCAGCCCUGUGUGGCAUCAAAAUGAAGCUCAAGAGAUUAACAAUGAAUGCCAGGCCUGAGAUUUGCAGCAGACAUUCAAAUGAAUAUGCAAAACAUAUGGGAGUUGUAUAACUCAAAAUGUAAUAUAUAACGCUUUGAUCAUUUUUCUCCACUUGUGCAGAGCACAAGCUGCUUGUCAUUUUACCAACAGAGCCAUGGUCGGUAAGGGAGAAGCUGUGUUUGGCCACAUCUGUCAUGAAGAGUGGGGACCAGAACUGGUAUUGAACUGCUAUUUUAUUGCUACUGAAGCUGGGGUCAGUUAUUCUUUGUUGUGGGAGGAAAAUUCCUUUGGCAAGAUGUGUGAAUAUGUAUUUUUCAGAGGCUAGACGAUAAAUGGCAACACACAGUUAUAUCUGAAUAUAUCCAUAUUUUCAUAAAGACUUGCGUACGUAAUGAAUAGACAUGGAUGCAGAUAACUUCUUGUGAUGUGCUGGCAUAUUAACCAUGAUAUUACUUUGUGCAUGCCUGCUCUUAUCAUUGCAGAACUUUGCAGCUAAAGGACUUCUCAAAAAUAAUAAUGAUGUUCAAAAAUUUGAAACACAUAAGAAGGAUUAUUACUGGAGUUUAAAAUGUCAUAAGACAGUUAUAAACUAAUAUGGAAAAAGAAGGCUGGUUUGAGUUCACAUUUGCAUAUCAUCUUGGAUUAUCUUAAACAGGGUAUCUGUCAGUCGAGCCAUCAAACCUUUUGCAGAAUCUGGGCGACCACCUGACUGGUUCUCUCAAAAAGUAAGAUAAAACCAGAGCUGUAUGUCACAAAAACAAUGAUAAUUUUGUGUGUUUGUCCUUUAAAAAGCAUCCUUAACUGUCAUCUGGCUUUUCACAGCACUGUGCUUCCAAGUAUUCUGAGCUUCUGGAAACAACAGAAGCCCCAAAGUAAGAUUAUAAAAAACUUUUUUUUCUCGAGCAUGCUUUUGUAAACUUGUAAGAUGAAAUAGAUGACAUUAUUUAAUGUUUGACUCAUGCCCUCGCAUUGUUUGCAGGAGUACAGUGACUAAACUAAACAAAGCAUUGUUACCUUUAGGCGAAAGCGUGGUGAGAAAGGUGAAGUGGUGGAGACAGUGGAGGACGUGAUAGUACGCAGGCUGACAGCUGACAGAGUUGAUGAACUGAAAAAGUUGAUCAAAGAAACACAGGAGACACACAGGUAUAAAACAGCAUGUGCACAUCUUUCUUAAAUGAAAAUUUGUUGAUAUCUCAUUAUAAACUGCAUCAGUAAAAUUGUUUGACUUGAUUCCUCAACAGAAAGUUAAAGAGAGAAGCUGAAUUAAUUCAAGCAGGACAUCUAGACUCCAAACUCGAAGGGAUAUGGGAAGGAAUUCAGCAGUAAGGAGCAAGAAACUUUCUUUUUAAUCUGACAUAAUGAUUCUGCAUGUCCCAUUUAUCCUGCUCAGCGUGGCUGAAAGAAAAAUACAUGUUUUUUGUGUGACCACUAGGAAGAAGAAACACGAGGAAGAGGAAGCAGAGUUGAAAAGAAAAAACACAGACGCUGCCUAUCAGGGUAUCUCUUUCAAUUUGAACGGGUAUUCUGGGGAAAUGACAUCACGUACUGUAAUCUAUAAUCCAUCGCAAUAAAUACAUGCAAUCAAAACAAUAAGAGAAACAGAUGAAAAUGAGUGAGAGCAUAAGGAAUAUAAUUGAAGUAUAAAAUUUGAAGAUUGAUAAAAAAAGAUUUAAUGAAAAUUAAAGAUAACCAUUGAAAAAGCAAAAUGAAAAUUGUUGUUAAAUUGUGAAAAAUAAGCAAUAUCUUAACAAUAAAACAUUAAAAGAGAUUUGAUUUUAUUUGAUUUAUUUUGGAUCCACCAUUAGUUACAACAAGAUAUGCAUUUAUUCUUCUUCCUUAUGUCCUUAUAUUGCUUUUCCAUUUUGAACUUAGACAUACACUUACAGACAUUACACUUACAUAACACUCAUACAACACUUCAUUCAUACAGUAGCUUAAUUUAUCAAAGAGUACUUCUGGGACUUUGUAUAUAAUGAUACUUCUUAGGAAAGAUACCAAGAAGUAGUGCAAUUUACAUUUAACAUCUAACCAGAUUAACUGAUUAUGUAUUGCUAUGCUACUUGUUCUGUAGGGAUAAUAUUAGGACUUGCUGUAGUAUAGAAUAAGAUACUGACAGCAUUAUUUUCUCAGACGGCCGUCAAGGAUAUUUCUGAUGUAUGCUGUCAGUAGUAUUUAUACUCUUUUAGCCUAAAAUAAUGAUACCAACUCUUACAGCAAUCUGACGACUAGAUAUUUACACUGAAAUAACACAUUUACUUCAAAGUAAGGAAGCAAUGUUGCACCUUUUGCUAAUAGAAAAAGAGAGUCUAAUAUCAGCUUUGGUUUGAUAAGAAAAUCCUCUCUGUUGUGUCUCUCCCUUCUUCAGCCAGACAGGCGGCAAAGAACACACCUAAGCGAGUGCCCGGCAUCACCAUGCACUCACCCUCAGGCUGCGGCUCCCCGAGUCAGGACUUCUCACCAGGUGACCCACUGGAGUGCCUGACACUGGAUCUGGCGUCAACAAAGAGCGUAAGUGCUUACGGUGUACAAGGAGUAGUAGUGUAGUAGGAGUUUCACUUAGGUGAAAUGAUCAGGAGUGUUUUUCCCACUGUGUUACAGCAGAUCAGUUAUUUUUGUCUAAUGAGCCGGGUCCUGUGUUCCAAAUGAGAUUUGCUAAAGAAAAAUUUGUUUAUAUACUCUUUGUCCUUUUUCUGUUAUAACUGAAAUUUGACUUGCCUGCAUCGCUGAAACGCAUUGAACCAGACUGAGAAUAUGAUGCCCUGACAGUUACCACAGAUGAGGAGACAGCAGCACAUCUACAAGUCCUUUUUUUCUCCUCUCUGUCUCCAGGUGUCAGGAUCAGUCAGAUUAAUGACCAUCCCUGAGUCCUCUGGACCCAUUAAUGAUGACAUCAGCCAUGGGUCACUUCUCGAUGACCCCACCCAAAAGAAGCUUCUGGGCCAGAAAGCCACACCGCCACCAUCUCCACUGCUGUCUGAGUUACUGAAAAAAGGGAGCAUCUUGGCUACCAAUGCCAGACUUGUAGGUGGAGGGUACCUCUUGUCUCAUGCUAACAGUGCAUGCUAUUACACCAGUUCUUGGCAUGCAGUGUGUUUUGAAAGUAUUUCAUUUAUAACUACUUUAUUUCUUUGGGAUUUGGAUUUUGUUGGAUUUAAAACUCUCAGUCUGUUUUCACCUCAGGACAACUCUGUCUCAAGAUUAGCUUUCAAGAGUUGCUUUGUGUGAUUUGAAACACCUAAAGUCAUUCACAAGCCUGUUUGAAGUCCUUGCAGUGUUUUAAAUAACCUUAAUUGUUUUCUGGUAUUUCUUCUACGAGUAGUCACAUGUACUAUGAAGCUUAUCAUUAACUACUGUCCUGUUUUGGUGCUUAAGGUCAUUGUUUUUUAAUACUGUGCACUGAAACUGCGCUUUUUCUUUUUUACUCACUUAAAUUGACUUAGAUUGGACUGUAUGUGUUUCUUUACAAUUAUUAGGAAAGAAAUGUAGUAAAAUAAGUUUACCUUUCUCUGAUAAGAUUUCUAGACACAUAGGCUGGCCUGUAGGGGCCCAGCAGGUGAAUUUGUCAAAUGGAAGAAAUUAAAACAUUUAAGAUACAGGCUGGAAUCAAAUAAUGGUUCUUACUUUGAAGGUUGUGCAUGAGAAAAAGAAAAAAGUAAGAGUGUAAUGUUUGUCAAUCUCUAUGCAUUUAGAUAGGGGAGGGAGACCUGUCUAUAGCCAGCGCUCAUGACCUGCAGCUGGCUCCACCUAGCCAACCUCUGUCCCAGGCAACAGGUACAAAUGUUCUAGUCAAAAUGUAUUGUUGAGUUUUUCACAUUUUCUUUUUAAAAGAUUGCGCCAGCUUCUUCUUCUUUUUUUAAUGUCAAUUAAGUGUGUAAAGGUGUGUGUUUGCUGCUAAUAUCAUUGAAGUUGUUUGCUUAAUUUUGUAGCUGAACGCCUUGGCUUUGCUUGCUUGCUUUGCAGGCGCCCCUAUGUUGUCUCGUCUUCUGGAGGCAGGUCCCUCCCAGUUUUCUGCCCCACUGGGUUUCAUGGUCAGUACAGAUCCACCCUCUAGUGCUCCCCUCUCCGCUGCCACUCCUGUUCCCACUGGCUCGACUGCCUCAGCAGGCACAGGUCUGUCCGCUUUGGCCCCCCUCAAACAGAGCUUAAUCUUGAUAGCACUCCUCUAGAGCUCGAAUUUAGUGUUCUGAGAGAAAGAACCUGAAAAUCUUGUCUUUUUUUUUUUUUUUAGAAUAUUCAUUCUGCAAGUUUAAAAAAACCAAAAUAUAUAGCUGAAAAUCGGUUCUUGUCUUUGUGUAGAAGUGGAUGUGAUGGUGCCCCCUGGAUGCCAGCCUGUCUCUGCAGAUGUAAAGGUGUCAGAACUCAGUGAGGAGGAUGUCACCGUGUCUUACAUGGGAGAUGAGCUGGACCUGAAGACAGUGGGGGACAUUAUCGCCAUCAUUGAGGACAAGGUACAAAAGACUUACACUAUGGUUGCAGUUAAACUUGGUUCUAAUUUCGUGAAAUAAGGGCAGCUGUUUGAAUGUUGUUGAGCUAAUGACAACAGUUUACUAAGUUACAUUCCCCUCUGAGCCACGGUAAACGAUGAAAAAAAAGCGGUUAUUCUUUGCUAGAGACAUCUCUUCUUCCACAGGGAGAUGAGACUGCAGAGGCUUUGGAUGCAGCUGCAGUUGAGGCUGCCCUGUCCCUGUGUGAAGAGAACAGCCAUGCUUUGUCUGGUGCCUGGGCGGCUGGGCCUUUCCAGCCCCAUGACCCUCACCCUGCAGUGCCCACAGGGGUCCAACAGUCCUUGAAUCCUAACAGUAACCUGCAGGGAAAGAAAAAGGUGUUCCAAGCUCAGGGUGAGACUUCUGCCUCACUCCCCUCUCUGUGCAACCGUCAAGAUAACUGUUUUGCAGCGUUCCCUGUGGAACUGAGAGGCCCUCCUCCAGCCUCUUCAUCCUCAUGCAACUCAAAGAGUUUGGAGCAUCGCCACAGCGGAACAACUCCACAGCCGGAGGCAGUGAGAGAGACUGGAGAGAUGGUGCGCCACAAAAAACAGAUUUCAUCAAAUGUUACCAUGAAGUGUGAGAGUGAGAGGUGGGCACAGCAAAGACAUGAUAAAUCCUCUGGAGGUAUGAACACACAUGCAUAAAUACUAGUGUUAAAAAUAACCGUUAACAUGCACAUUUGUAUAAUUAUCUUGCUCUCCUUACAGACUCAGUCCUGGAAGAUUGCCCACUGACAGAAAAUCAUCCAAAGGUAUUGCACCCUGUGAGGAUCCAGUGAACCCAAUGCUUGUCAUUUCUGCACUAAAAUCAGAGUAUUCCUCUAAAAUGUAAAUAAACCUGAAUCUGGAUUUUACUUCAUCCUAGCAGGACAUGAAAGCAGACAAUGGACAAAAUGUUGAACGAGGAGACAGUGCCUCAGGGAUUAAAGUUUACAAUGUGGUUAACGGGCCGCCAGUAUGUGGAGAAGAUGAUGACGAUGAAGGGGAUACAGCGGAAGGGUUCUUGUCAGAACCAGAAGGGGAGAUGGAGCUCGAACCUGUGGCCAGUGAGAGCGAGGAUGGAUACAGCCUCCACACGGCCUCCUCAUCUCUGCAGCUUCACACCACUGCUGACUCCAUCCCCAGCAGCCCUGCCUCAUCCCAGUUGUGAGUAUAACACCCUCUGGCACACUGCAAGGAAAGAAACUGUCAAAUGUGAAAAGACUGCUGUCCAGAUACUGGUUCGGAUGUUGUGUAAGCAGAUCAUUUUACAUUUUUGUCAAUAAAAACCUCUUUUGCAGUCAUGCCACAGAUCAGGUUCUGCUAGAUGGUGUUUUUCUUCUGACCUUUCUGUUUCUACUUCCUUCCCUGUUGCACAUGAAAAUUGUGCAGUUCCAUGUGCAGUGAAGACCUAGAAGCUCUGCAGGCCCAGAAGAUCUGGAAGAAAGCCAUUAUGCUGGUGUGGCGUGCUGCUGCCAAUCACAGGUGAGAAUAACAGUAACAUUAGUCACUGAGACUCAGUUUUCUUGAAGGGAUAUUCCAGUGUAAAAUUAAUUUAGGGUCAAACACCAUACCACCUAGUUGGACACUCCCUUGAGAGAUGAAUGUUGCCGACCGCUUGCUCCUCUAGUUAUACCAACUUUAGUAAUGGCCGUACGAUAGCAAUACACAGCGAGACCUCGGAACAGUCCAUUAUGGACUGCAGCGGGGUGACACAGCUCAAGGAAGAACAUUUGAAGUAACACCUUGAAGUAAUGAUCCCCAUAUUGAUCAUUUUGCACCGCAGACGCGGUAGUUCUUCUGCCUUAGCAUCUCGGUCUGAUUGUAUUUCCAUGAAGAAACGAUCAUAAAUGUUCUUCCUUGAGCUGCGUCACCCCGCUGCAGUCAAUGUAAAUAUACACUUUAAUUUUUUUUAUCAUCAGUGAAAUAAACAAAAUAUUUUAUGUUGUAGGUAUGCAAAUGUCUUCCUGCAGCCAGUAACAGAUGAAAUUGCACCUGGAUACCACAGUAUUGUGCACAGGUGAGCACAAGUUAUCGAAUAUUUUGAGUCAUUUAUUAAAAAUUUCAAAUUUACUGUUCAAAGAAAAAAAAGAAACAUUUCCUCUCUUUGCCUCUACAGGCCCAUGGAUCUGGCCACCAUAAAAAAGAACAUAGAGACCGGUUUGAUACGGACCACAGCUGAGUUCCAGAGGGACAUCAUGCUGAUGUUUCAGAAUGCCGUCAUGUACAACAGUCUUGAUCAUGAUGUGUACCACAUGGCCCUGGAGAUGCAGCGUGACGUCCUGGAGCAGAUCCAGCAGUUUCUAGCCACCCAGCUCAUCAUGGAGACAUCAGAGGCCGGCAUCAGCGCCAAGAGCCUGAGGGGCCGUGAGAACACACGCAAACAGGACUCCACUGACAAGGUGCUUCACUAGAAUUUUCUCAAAAGCAGAGAGUACAGAAGAAAAGACAAGGGUGAGACAACAGGCUGACUUAAAUGUAGAGGAUAGAGAUGCUUGAGUAGAGCUGUCUGUAAUUUUCCAAAGCAUUACAGUUCUCAGAAGGAAAGGUUCUUGCCUAGAUAUGGUGUCAAAAUCAACACGAUUGAACUUCAGACAAUCAAGAACUAGGUCAUCCAUUACAGUGAAAAAUAUUUUAGUGGAAGACAAUUUUUUUAUUUCGUAUAUUGAUUGUACGGCUCUGGCCUGUUUUAUCUUGAAUGUCGAGUUGUCUUUGGAUGCAGCACUGAACAGAUAACCCUUCAAAAAAAGCCAAAAAAAAUUAAUUAAUAUUACUAGAUGUGAAAUGAUGCUUUGGAAAAUGGCAGGCGAUAAUUUAGACUGUAGUUAUUCAAAGAACUUUACUGACAACUAUUUACCAAAGCAUACAGUACUCUAACGCUCGACAUAGAUUUCAGAGAGUCUCAGUGAGAAUUGUCUUUACUGCGUUACCUCCUUAUCUUUUUAUGGAGUCAAAUAAAAGCAAAUUUUAAACAAGCUCCACUCAAGCUAGUAAAGUAUUGGCUUUUAUGGUUUUUGGACCAUGAUUUUUGGUAUUAGAAAUUGUAUCAAUUUCAUAUUCUUUUAGCCCAAAGCUACAGGGCUACUUCUUUACUGUCCACUGGCCAAGUGGAAAAAUAUAAAAUCCUGUAUUUUUAUGCUGUUGUUUUGGGAACUGGGAAGUGAUGUUUGGCUGCUUUCCACUAUUGUGCAGGAAUGCAAUGUAUAUUGUAGGAAUGCAGGAGUAUUGUGAGGUAACGCAAUGAAGAAAAUAUUUAGGGGCCUCUUUGCCUGAUAACGUGACACGGAGAAGAACUGCUUCUAUUGUUUUGUGGGGAUUUGCACAAAAGCAUUUACAACGUGGAUUUUUCUCAGUUAGCCCUUUUUUUCUCUUAUCUUUUCUUACCUCUCUCUCAUGCACCUAGUCAUUUUGUGCGAAAGCAACAGCACACUUUAGUGUUUAGUGACCUUAAGUAAGUAUUGUUGAUUUAUUGGAAUGAUAAAAGUAAGAGUAGGAGAUAAUUGUCAAACUUUGUGCUAUGCUUUGAAAAAUAGUUGGCUAUAACAUACGAAUGCAUAAUAAAUGUUUUGUGAUUAAUUAGCUGAAAUGCCAGCAUGCUCAAUAAUAAGAGCUUAUAUACAUAAGUAGCAUAUACUGUAGUAGUGCAGCAGAGAAAUAUGUUCUGAACAGCAGCUGUCUUUAAGCCCAUCUCAGGCUUUUUCCUGGCUGAAUUUUAAGUUUUGUUUUUUUUAAUUCCCCAAACUUGAACUUGUUCGGACACCUUUGAGUCACAACUCUGAUAUACAUAAUUUCCUUCCUACAGGACAGUGUCUCCAUGUCCUCUCCUGCCUUCCUCCUUUCUCUUUUUGUAAGUACACAUCCUUAAAUUAAACAAAUAAAGAAACAGAAGCUGUCCCUCCCUCACUUUUUUUUUUCAUGGAGCAAACACAAAGAAUCUUGUUUUGGUCAUUUUACAGAGCAGAUGAUUUUCAUGAAAGGAAUUGUAUUGUGACGACUCAAUGGGAUCUGACAGGUUAUUCUUUCCGGUUUUUCUUUUUGACUGUAGGAUGGAGGCACCAGAGGGCGCCGUUGUGCCAUAGAAGCUGACCUCAAGAUGAAGAAAUGAAGACUCAGAAUGGGAGUGUGUUCCCACAGGUGAUCAAAGGUGCGACACAACCAGACUGAAUCUAUUCUGUCAGCUGCACAGAUUCUCACCCUGCAUAGGAGGCAGUGUGACCUUUUAUUUGCACUCUAGAUUAAAUAGGUUGACUCUGGAGAAACUGAUAUGACAUACUUCAUAAUCCCAGAUUACAAUGGGGCCUCCAGAAAGACUCACAGAUGUAGAUGCAGAUCAUAAGGCUUGCCUGCUCUGUAUUACCACAGGUUGUAGGAAUAAAAACAAAACUAACUCCUUGUCUACAAACAGGCAUCCGUGGGUAGGUGGGUGGGUGGGGGCUGGGGGGAUUGGUAUAUAAACACAGAGGCCAAAGAGUCUGAUUUAAAUCGAGAUUAUCUGAAAGAUCAGGGGGCACAUACUAAUUCUCAAAACAUUUUCAUGGCUGGUUUUAAACUGAUUUUCUCUCAUUUUAGAAAAACUCUUUCAGAUCAUUGUUGGAUGUGAGUGUGUCGUUUGUGAUGGAUUGAUAUUCUUGAUGCUAAACUUCCUGUGAAACAGUACCUUAAUAUAUAUUCUCAGUUGUUUGCAGUAUUUUUGAAAAAAAUGUCAUGUUGAUUAACUGUUUUGUGGGCUUUCAGACAAAUAAAGUUCUAAAAGAGCCCCAAACUGUCA